AUGCAUUCAGUAACCUCAAUACGAUCACUUCUGAGAAGCUCAACCAUACUAGCCAGAGCACCAACCAACUUAAAAUUCACCGACUUGAAGUCCAUAAAACUUCGUGCACCAAUCCCCCCCACUGUGAAAAACUUUGAAGUAUCACCUGAUCACCCAUUAUGGCAAUUUUUCCCCCAGGGCAACAAGACCACCUCACCCAUCCGUGAAUCGGAAGAGUUGGACUUGGAUUCGCGAGAAUGGACCAGUGCUGAAUUGCGUCGCAAGUCAUUUGAUGAUUUGCACACAUUGUGGUAUCUCACUUUGAAGGAACGUAAUGUGUUGGCUAGAGAAGUGAGGUUGGGGGAGAGUUUAGGCAUGGGUGAUUUUAGACAGUUUAAUAUGCUCGACAACAAGUUGAUCAAGACGCAAAAGAGAAUAAAGCAGGUGUUAUUGGAGAGACAUAUUGCGUUUGAACGAGCACAGGCUAGUCCUGAUGUCAAUACUGAGCAACUGAAGUAUCUUGAGGAGUUUGAACAGAGGUAUGUCAGUUGCAGCGAGGCAGAAAUUGGUGAAAUGGAUGCCAAGUUGUUGCGGUUACAAUAUGCAUUUUUUGGAAUUGAACCUGCAUUGACAUUGGAGACUUUGAAAGAUGACAUUGACCCCAAUUUCGUCAAGGGGGUCAGCUAUACUAGCCAAGUGAAGCUAAAUAGAUAUUUGGAACAGAAUCCUGAAACAGAUUUGCAAUUGCCGUUGAAUGGUAUAAUGGAAGAAUUGCCAUUCUUCUUGUACGAUGUUGAAGAGGCAAUUGAUCAAGUGAAACAGUUGCGAGAAUCAGGACAGUCACGCAAAUUGGACAAGAUUGAAGUUAUUCCAUUUUUGAACAAGGCAAUUGGGAAACAUUUGGGUACUGGAGAGGAUGGCGAAGAUGUGUAA